AAAAUGGGGGCAUUUCAAAUAACCUGACAGUUUAGCCUCUGUGUCAGUGACAUGCUUGAAAGGAGAGAAAUAUACUGUAACCUAGAUUUCAAAGGUCACAGUAAUACUGUCCCAAGCAUUUUUAAAGCUAUGAUUUAUGUGCCAGUAUAUUAGCAAUAUGGAUGGUUUCAAGGUUUGGUCUGUUCUGCUGAUUAUAGUUUACAGCCUGUGCCAAAGAUGUAUGCUGUGCGGUAUUUCAACACAUAUUGAAAUAGCACAUCGAGCUCUGGAAUUUUUCAGUAAACAUGAAGGGAAUGUUAACUAUAGAAAGUUGUUACUAAACCACCAGGAUGCAUUUCAGGCUGGGAGCCUUUAUCCUGAUGCCUUUUAUCCUGUUAUCUGCAGGAAUGGAAUAUUCCAUCAUGUUUCUGAAGACACUCACUGGGCACCAUUUCUCAACACUAGUAUCCAUUACAUCAGGAAGAAGUAUCCUCAGCCUUGGGAGGAGGCUACAGAGAAACUGGUGGCUUUCCUGUUUGGAAUUGCCUCACAUAUGGUGGCAGAUGUGAGCUGGCAUAGCUUGGGCAUUGAUCAAGGAUUUCUAAGGACCAUGGGAGAAAUUGAUUUUCAUGGCUCAUACUCAGAUGCUCAUCGUACUGGUGAUUUUGGAGGUGACGUAUUAAGCCAAUUUGAGCUUGAUUUUAGUUACCUGAAAGCAGACUGGUAUGUACCAGUCAAAGACCUGCUAGCUAUCUAUAAGGAAUAUUAUGGCCAAGAAGUAAUAACCGAAGGCACAAUUAUUGACUGUACUUACCUGCAGUUUCUCGAAUUGCAUGGAGAAAUGCUUGCUGUUGCCAAGCUUUUCCCAUCAUAUGCUAGCAAAUCUCCAUUUUUGGUGGAGAGAUUCCAUGAGUAUUUCCUUGGAGGACUGGAUGACAUGGCAUUUUGGUCAAAUAAUAUUUUUCAGCUAGCAAGCCACAUGUUAGAAAAUGGGACCAGUGGCUGCUUCAUACCUGAGAACCCUCUAUUUAUAGAGUGCAAUGGGGAGCACAAGAACAGCAACAUAAUUAUACAGUCCAAAAAGGAACAGCACAAGAGUGUGACUUCUUCACUCACACAAACAACUGAAAAGAAUAUAAAUUAUACGGAGAAAGGAGUUUAUUUCAAUAUGCAAUCCUGGGCAACAAAGUCCCUCCACUUUAUUAAUGGUGCUUUUGCAAAGAAUGUCAGGAGAGCAUUUGCAGUCAUGCAUCAGCAAUCCUCUAACCAUGUCUCCAAGCCCACAGCCUCAUACUUCCUGAAAUCACCCUAUGCCAGGCUUGGAUGGGCAAUGACCUCAGGUGACUUAAACAAAGAUGGUUAUGAGGAUCUCGUGGUUGGAGCACCAGGAUACAGCAGAUUGGGCCAUGUUCAUAUAGGACGGGUGUACAUAGUUUACAGUAAUCGGUCAGGUUUGCCUCCAGUAAACAUGGAUCUAGACAAGGAAGCGGAUCAAGUGCUGGAGGGUUGCCAGCCUUCAGGCAGGUUCGGUUCUGCCAUAGCAGUACUGGACUUCAAUGAGGAUGGAGUACCAGAUGUAGCGGUGGGAGCACCUUCUGUAGGAUCACAGCAUCUCACUUACACCGGUGCUGUGUAUGUAUAUCUGGGCACUACAGGAAGAGGCCUGUCACCUUGGCCAAACAUUACCAUAAUUUGCCAGCACACAUUCUGUAACCUUGGCUGGUCACUGCUGGCUGCUGAUAUUGAUGGGGAUGGAAAGUCUGAUCUGGUUGCCGGUUCUCCUUUUGCACCUGGCGGUGGGGAGCAGAGAGGAUUUGUACUUGCAUUUUAUUCUCACUUCAACAGGAGUGACAAAGGGCUGCUGUCAGUAGAGGAUGCCAACUGGAUGGUGAAGGGGGAAAAGAACUAUGCCUGGUUUGGAUAUUCACUUGUUAGUUACCAGUUGAAGAACAAAACCUUACUGCUGAUUGGCAGCCCUACCUGGAAGAGCUGUACUGGUCUAGGUUGUUACAUCUCAUUGGAUACCAAACAGAGUGUUGGAAAGGUGUACGGAUAUAACCCACCAAGCACACAAAGCUGGUUUUCCGUAACUGGAGACAUGGAGAGGGGCAAACUGGGUUCGUCGCUGGCCAGAGGCUUCCUGUCUGUGGCUGGAAUUCCAAGAGAAGUGUUGGUGGUGGGUGUACCUACCUCUGACAGCACGUCUAGGAUUGCAUUUAUAUCCUCAGUACUGCACCAAGCUGGAACUGUUCUGAUGUAUGACUUGACAGAUGGUGCCAAACCUUCUUUGCUCAGCACUUUCAGUGGGGACAGGAGGUUCUCUCGCUUUGGAGGAGAUGUACACUUAAGUGACCUGGACAAUGAUGGACUAGAUGAAAUUAUUGUGACAUCUCCUCUGCGAACUGAAGACAUCACGUCUGUACUGUUUGGAGGGGAGGCUGGACGUGUGUACAUCUACAAUGGAAACCAGACCACCUCGGGUAACGUGACAGACAACUGCAAAUCAUGGAUUUCUCCUUGUCCUGAGGACUGGGCACAAUAUGUUCUAAUUUCUCCUGAAGAAAGAUCAAGGUUUGGGAGCUCUGUCAUCACUGUGAAAUCUCAAGGAAAGAGAGAAGUUGUAGUAGCUGCUGAGAGAAGUUCGGUGAAAGCUAGACUUAGUGGAAGGCUUUUUAUGUAUACCCUUUAAAUGUUUAAAUGUUCUUUUGUUGAGUCUGGGUAUAUGCCUGUUUUCAGUAGCAGAUCCCCCGGUAUCUAUGGUGUUCUCCUUCACUCCUCCCUCUGCCAUGCUAACAAACAGGAUGUAGCUAAAAAGAAGACAUAAGCAGCAGAAAGGAAAUUGGGGUUGAUUGGGGAAAAAAAAAAAAGACGGGGAAUACUAACUGUCAUGGUCCAUCCAUCCAGCCUUAGAAUUGCAAACCAAUUAAAAACCUCUUUCCAUGGAAGUCAGAAGGCUAAAUAACCCAGCCACACACAAAGCAGCAUGAAGGGAGCCAAAACAACAUCAACCUAGCAUCAAUCCAGGCAACUUAUGAGGGAAGCUGGUUCCAGCAGACCUGUUUGGCUGUUUGAGGAAAAAUGCAGCACCCCUAGUUGAUAUUAUCACUUAAAUAUGUGCAUGUGUACAAACACCUUUAACUCUGUCAUCGUACACCUGCCCAAACUCCUCCUGUACACCAGCAUCCCCCGAAUACCCUCUAUCUUACAUCAUGGACAUUUCUAAUACAGCCAACAAGCUCUCCAAUCAGCACCCACUGCUCUCCAGCUCACCCACUUAUCACCCAGACACACUAGCAGCUUCGGUCAGAUGUGGUGGUCCAGGCAUGCUGCAGCCAGAGCCGGUACGAAGGGGGUGCAUAGGUAACUAAGCUCGUCUUUGCACCCUAUUUUGCUCCUUGCCUUCCAGCAGCCUUAUAUGGGCUGCUUAGUGCCCCAAAGGACUAAACCAUAUCCAAGGAUCACCAUAGCAGCACCUUGGCUGCAACCUCUAUGCCAGCAACAGGGAUAAGGACUUGGCAUAGGACUCUCUACACCACACGUGCAACCCUCAUGUUUAGGGUAAUGCUGUCUGGGCUGGAUAGACUGGCACUGCAGUGAUCUUCUGCCAACCGCGUUGCACUGAGUGGCUCUGCUGUACCAGAUCAUCUGCUGUCUUGCUGCUUUAUCCUCCACGGAAAGAAAGUUCCUCAACUUUGCUCCUUAUCCCACAACCCUGCGUCUUAUUUUCCAACUGCAGUCCAGAAACCACCAAUCUUGAGGCCGAAAUACAAUCUACCCCAUCCAUCCUCCCCUUCUGCCGGGGACCAGAAAUCCCAUUGUACUUCCUGUAUUCAACCGCCUGAGACAAGCGGGAGACUCCAACUUAGGACAACAGUCCACACAUCCAUUUUCGUCCCAUCCACUCUACACAGCUCAGAUGGGAGUACCCCAUUCACAGAGCCAGGAUAGUAUGUUAUUUAUCUGAAAGAAAGUAUGCUACGUGCCUAGAAUGUUACAUUGAUACUUGGUGUUGACUUCACUACAGCUGAAGUUGUGCUAUAAAGGUACGUCUGAUAGAUGGAUGGUAGGCGGUUGCAAAGGGCUAGCAGCAGCUGGAUAGCACUUGCCUGUUGCGAGUCUCAGGGGUGAUCUGUUAAGGAAGCAGGAUGUCUGGCUUCAAGGGGAAGAGAAGGGCAAGGAGCUCAAGGUUGGACUCCACUGGCGAUUGUUCCUAAUGCUUUUAUGUAGAACUCAGUGACUCUGGUAAGUUAAAAUCCUGCUCUUAUUGUUAAUUGUAUUAUGUGUUCGACUCAUGAGUAUUGUGGUUUUGAAGAGGUAGGUUAAUGCUGAGUGUGUAUCCAUACACAAUUAAACAACAUACUUAAGCAACAGCAUAUGACCUCGUUGUUUGUGGGUUAGGUCUGCAACCAUUGGUGGGUGUAUAUGUGGGGGAGGGUUCAGAAGUUAUGACACUAUGAUACAUUUUUUUUGUGGUACAAGCCAGUAGCAAAGUAUUGGAGAAUUUUAAACAGUAAUCAUCCUCUUUGGAAUACAUAUAUAUAUGCAAGUCAAAAUCUUUCUUACUUUCUCAGUGUUUUCAGGAAGCAGUUUUAAAGAAUCUUCCAGCUCUUGAUAAUUCUAGCUUUAAAACAGAAGAGCUGAAUUUUAGAAUUGCUUCUUUUUUUUUUAAACUACAUCAUCAUUUGCCAUGGCAUCCAUACUGGGCAUAAUCGUUUUAACCUACCUAAAUAAAGCAAUAAAAAUCAGAGCUAGCAAGAACCAGAUAGCUGGACAGCAUAAAUGAAGAGAUUGGUUGAGAGGGAGAGGAGGAGAAAGUACUUAAACAAGAGCUCUGUGGCAAUAAUAGGAAGAGAGCAUGUUGUACUGAACAUUACACCCAGGAACUGUUUGGAAUUUGUUUUGAUAAAACAGGAAAAGAAAAUGACACCCACACUUUAAAAAGCCCUCUGGAUAAGUGAUGGAACUCAAGGAGUAGCUGGAGAACUAGAAGGCAUCAGGGUGGGUGAGCUGAACACAGUGCACUUUCCUUCCCACCCCAGGCCAUUAUUUUUACUUUUUCCUCAUUGAUAACACCUUCCCUGUUAGGAUCCUGAGCCAUCCUGCAACUUGCCAUUUUUGAAAGCACAUCCCGGUUGUCAACAAGCCUGAUAGAAGUAGUCAGAUGUAGGAAAGCCCAAAUGAUUUUAGGAGGCAGACUGACAAGCUGGAGAUUGCCUUAUUUAGGUUUUUCACCCUCACUGCUAGAAAACACUAGGCUUUUUGUGGUCAAUUGUGUUGUAAAGAAAAUGAGUGAAGUUUAUUCAAGCUGAACAGACUCCUCUUAUUAAGUCAGCAAAACCAAAGAGGUCAAUUUGCCAAACACAAGGAUAAAACCAGUUGGCAUUUUAUUUGUGAGUCCUGAGUAUUACAAAUGAAGUGCAGAUUUGUCAACUACACUUUAAGAGUCUCUAUUAUCAGUUGACAGUGGGGUUUACAGGUCUGGUUCAGUGGCAAUUUCACUCAAAACCUUAUCAACCACCCUGGGCUUCAGUUUCUUAGUUCUGAGCUCAGAAUUCUGUUACCACACGUACACUUUGCAGUGUGAAUGGGACAGGUGUUACCCAAGUCCAGAAAACCACUGGAAGUUUAACUCCCAUGACAUGGAUGCAGUCCUGUAAAAGAACUAGUGGUCUUAUUUUAAAUGCUUUUAAUGCACAUAAGUCAAUUAAGUACAGAUGAAAGGAGUCAAAAUAAUGCCCUGUAGCGGCAGAGAAAAUACAGCUGGGGAAGCAACAAUGCAAGCUUUCCCAAUAGCCUUGCGAAUGUAUUUCAAAACCCUGACCUGAAGGGAUCAUUUCCUGAGUCAGAACGUCAGUAUCCAUACCCAUUCACUCAUUCCCCUCUCUGGGUAUGCCAACAUUAGCCCUCAACCUCAUGGGUGUUCGUAUUUUGUGAACAGUUUCCCCACUAGGAGCUGGAUCAAGACCAAACCACUUCCUAAAGGUCACUUAACAACCAGUAGAUGGUAAUGAUUUAGCCACUGGGGAUUUCAACUGCCACCCAAUCCCCUACUACCUUUAAAGUAGAAUAUAGAGGAAGACCAGUGCAUUAUCGUAUAUGAUGUUAUGCUUUGAAAGUAUAAGGGUGCACAAAGUUAAAUCAGUUAGUUGAUAAUCCUUAGACGCCACACAGGAUUUUACUUUGAAAGUAUAACAAUUUCUGAACUCUUUAGUUUCCAUUUUCUGUUCACCUGAGCACUUAAUUACACUUUUGCUGCUACAAUAAAUUUUUCAGCCUGUCAGGUGGGCAGUGGUUUGCACAAUGUUUAAGUUGCUGGCUAAAGAGCUAUCUAACUGUACCUGGCACAGGUGUAAGUGUUCCCAUUCUGAUCUAGAAGGGUUUUACAGUCACUCUGCACAGUGGGGUAAGGCCCUCAGGAGAGGCAAAUAGCAGGUGGGUGGAAGUAGGAGGCAUUUAACUCUCUUCCACCAUCGCAGGAAUCAAAUCAGCACUUUUUUUGAUAGUCAAACCUGAUCUUUGUACCCCUUAGUUACAUAACUUUGCUACUACCUCCCAUUCCCCUGACCUGCAGACAGAUUUCACCCCACAUUUGCCCCUAAUCUCACCCACCACGUGUGGUAAUGAAACCAGCUGCAAGACAGCUGCAGUAUGCUUCAUGAUCCUGGUCAUUUAUGUCUUCAGAAAGAGAUGAAAGGAAACAAGUCAGG